GAGCUUCCUACUGUUGCCAUGUGGUGACAGCUUUGAGCAAGAGGGGGCAGCCUGGAGCCCAGAAAGGAGCCUUUGCAGGUGGGGCCCACACCCAGAUUUCUCCUGCUGACUGUCUUGAUGACUCACCCCCACAUCCCAGCCCUUUUACCUUUAAGGAAGAGCCGGAAAGGGUGUGGGGAGAAGAGGAGAGGGAGGCAGGGCCUGAGCCCCAGUCCCGCCCCCUGCCCCUCCCCAGCCCUCUCCGGGCCAAGCCACCCAGCCAAAAGGCAGGCUGAGAACAAGAGAGGCACAGAGUCCCGCAUUGGUGCAGAGGCAGCCAGUUAGCCCGCCGCCCGUCUGUCUGUCCCCAGAGCCAUGGAGAGAGCCAAUCUGAUCCAGAAGGCCAAGUUGGCAGAGCAGGCUGAACGGUAUGAGGACAUGGCAGCCUUCAUGAAGGGCGCCGUGGAAAAGGGUGAGGAGCUCUCCUGUGAAGAGCGAAACCUGCUCUCAGUGGCCUACAAGAACGUGGUGGGCGGCCAGAGGGCUGCCUGGAGGGUCCUGUCCACCAUUGAGCAGAAAAGCAAUGAGGAGGGCUCAGAAGAGAAGGGCCCCGAGGUGCGAGAGUACCGAGAGAAGGUGGAGACUGAGCUCCGGGGUGUGUGUGACACUGUGCUGGGCCUGCUGGACAGGUACCUCAUCAAGGAGGCCGGGGAUGCCGAGAGCCGGGUUUUCUACCUAAAGAUGAAAGGUGACUAUUACCGCUACCUGGCUGAGGUGGCCACCGGGGACGACAAGAAGCGCAUCAUCAACUCAGCCCGGGCAGCCUACCAGGAGGCCAUGGACAUCAGCAAGAAGGAGAUGCCGCCUACCAACCCCAUCCGCCUGGGCCUGGCCCUGAACUUUUCCGUCUUCCACUACGAGAUUGCCAAUAGCCCCGAGGAGGCCAUCUCGCUGGCCAAGACCACUUUUGACGAGGCCAUGGCUGACCUGCACACCCUCAGCGAGGACUCCUACAAAGACAGCACCCUCAUCAUGCAGCUGCUGCGAGACAACCUGACACUGUGGACAGCUGACAACACCGGGGAAGAGGGGGGCGAGGCUCCAGAGGAGACCCAGAGCUGAGCCGAGUCACCACCUGCCCUGCCCUGCCCUGCCUGUUCCAGUCACCCACCCCGUGGAGAGGACUAGUGUGGGGUGGGAGGCCCCACCCUUUCUCCCCAAGGCUCUAUGGAGAGGACUUGCAGAGCUGAGGCCAUCCAGGGCCGGGGUCCCACACUUCAUGCAGAUGUCAAGUGCUCCUAACCCUUGAUCAUCCCACCCACCCCAGCUCUCUGCACCCCC